CGGAGCCUCAGCUGAGCAACAAGUGGAGCAGCAGCAGCAGCAGCAGCAACAGCAGCAGCAGCAACAGCAGCAGCAGCAGCAGCAACAACAGCAGCAGCAACAGCAGCAACAGCAGGAGCUGAAGAAGAGAGAGGGAGAGAGACUGAGGAUCAACAGAGAGGUGGUGUUCGGUCGUGAGCGUGGACGAUGAGAGCGUCACUGACGAUCACGCUGCUCUGCGCCCUGGCUGCUGCUGCUGUUGUCCAGGAGCCCGACCACAGUCACGGCUGUGCCCACGGCAGCUGCUACCCGGCAACGGGAGACUUGCUGGUGGGUCGAGAGAAGAACCUGAAGGCCUCGUCCACAUGUGGGAUGAGGAGGAAGGAGCCGUACUGUAUCGUCAGUCACCUGCAGGACGAGAAGAAGUGUUUCGAAUGCGACUCCAGGCGACCUUACGACCCCGUCUACAACACCAUCAACCACCGGAUAGAGAACGUGAUCACCACCUUCAAACCUCACCGCAAGAAGUCCUGGUGGCAGUCUGAGAACGGAAAGUCUGACGUCUUCAUCCAGUUGGAUCUGGAAGCAGAGUUUCAUUUCACCCACUUGAUUAUGACCUUCAAGACGUUCCGUCCCGCGGCCAUGCUGAUCGAGCGCUCGUCAGACUUCGGUCGCACCUGGCAGAUCUACCGCUACUUUUCCCACGACUGCGCGACCACGUUCCCCGGAAUCUCCCAGGGUCCUUUGCGUAACAUUAACGACGUCGUCUGUGAGACGCGUUAUUCGGAUAUUGAGCCGUCAACAGAGGGGGAGGUGAUCUACAGAGUGUUGGAUCCAUCCAUCAGGAUUGAGGAUCCGUACAGCCCGAGCAUCCAGAACCAGCUGAAGAUCACCAACAUCAGAGUGAACUUCACCAAACUCCACACGCUGGGAGACAACCUGCUGGACCCCAGGGCAGAAAUAAAGGAGAAGUAUUACUACGCCAUGUAUGAGCUCGUCAUACGUGGGAACUGCUUCUGCUACGGCCACGCGUCGGAGUGCGCGCCCAUCGACGGCAUCAAGGACGAUAUAGAAGGAAUGGUUCACGGCAGGUGUGUGUGCAACCAUCACACCAAGGGUUUGAACUGUGAGCGGUGCGAUGACUUCCACAAUGACCUGCCAUGGAAACCUGCAGAGGGACGCAACACCAACGCCUGCAAGAAGUGUAUCUGUAACAGCCACUCAAACCAGUGUCACUUCGACAUGGCGGUGUUCUUGUCCACGGGGAACGUCAGCGGCGGCGUGUGUGACAACUGUCAGCACAACACCGUCGGCCGCAGCUGUGACACGUGCAAACCUUUCUACUACAAAGAUCCUUUCAAGGACAUCAGAGACCCGCGAGUCUGCGUCGCGUGUGACUGCGACCCGGACGGUUCUCUGAACGGGGGCAUUUGCGACAGCCACACGGAGCCUUCCCUCGGCAUGAUGGGAGGUCAGUGCCGCUGCAAAGCCAACGUCGAGGGUCCGCGUUGUGACAAGUGCAAAACCGGCUUCUUCGGCCUGAGUGCUGAGAAUCCUCAGGGCUGCCAGCCGUGCUGGUGCGACAACAGAGGAACCGUGACAGGAAGCUCCCAGUGUGACCCGGUCAGCGGAGACUGUUUCUGCAAACGUCUCGUUACUGGACGCAGCUGUGACAAGUGUCUGCCAGAACACUGGGCUCUGAGCCACGACCUGAACGGAUGCAGAGGCUGCGAGUGUGACGUCGGAGGAGCGCUGGACAACCAGUGCUCCAUGGAGAGCGGUCAGUGUCGCUGCCGCACUCACAUGACGGGACGUCAGUGUACGCAGGUGGAGUCUGGAUAUUUCUUCAUGGCUCUGGAUCACCUCCUGUAUGAGGCCGAGUUGGCCAAAAUGGGACAGGGCUGUACCCUGGAAACCAGGGAGCAUCAGCCGGGUCGUCCUGCCUCCUGGACGGGCUUUGGGUUUUCCCGGGUGCCUGUGGGCGGAACCCUGGAGUUCCACAUCACUGACGUCCCUUACUCCAUGGAAUACGACCUCCUUAUUCGCUACGAAUCACAGAUGCCGCGGGACUGGGAGGAUGUGAGAAUAACGGUGAUCCGUCCUGGGCCGAUUCCGACCAGCAGCCCGUGUGGAAACACCAUCCCAGAUGAUGACAGACUCACCGUGUCCUUGCCAGCUGGAGCCAGGUAUGUGGUCACUCCUCAGCCCGUGUGUCUGGAGAGAGGCGUGACGUACACCGUCCGCCUCGAGUUCAGACGCUACCAGGACGCCAACAGCAUCAUCAACGGAGCCGCCGACGCUAUCGUCCUCGUGGACUCGAUCGCCUUGAUGCCGCGUCAUUCCUCCAUGGAGAUGUUCAGCGCCGGCGACGCGGCCUCGAGCGUACGGAAGCAGACGUACGAGCGUUACCGCUGUCACGAGGGGGCGAAGAGUGUGACCCGUCCACAGAUGAGCGACACCUGUGCCAAACUCAUCACCAGCAUGUCGGCCAUCAUCAACGACGGCGCUCUGCCUUGUAAUUGCGACCCUCAGGGAUCCGUCAGCUCUCUGUGUGAUGCCCGAGGCGGCCAGUGUCGCUGCAGACCCAAUGUGAUCGGCCGGCGAUGUGACCAGUGUGCUCCAGGAACUUAUGGCUUUGGACCCUCCGGCUGCGUCGCCUGCAGUUGCAGCUUGGAAGGCUCCGUGACGCGACUCUGCGACAAGUUCAGCGGUCAGUGCCAGUGUCGCCCAGGGGCGUUCGGUCAACGCUGCGACGGUUGCCAGACGGGUCACUGGGGUUUCCCCAGCUGUCGCCCGUGCCAGUGUAACGGACACGCAGACCAGUGCGACCAGAGGAGCGGCGUCUGCGCCAGCUGUCGGGACAACACCGGAGGAGACAAGUGUGACAGGUGUGCCAACGGUUACUAUGGCAACCCAGUUCUGGGCAGACCCUCCAGUGGUCAGUGUCGCCCGUGCCCCUGUCCGGACGGGCCCAACAGUGGACGCCACUUUGCUGCGUCCUGUUACCAGGACAACCGCAACAGACAGAUAGUCUGCAACUGUAACCAGGGCUACACAGGCGCUCGGUGUGAUGAAUGUGCCCCGGGUUACUACGGUAACCCCUCGCAGCCUGGAGGCCGCUGUCAGCCGUGCCAGUGCAACAACAACAUCGACAUGUCGGACGUGGACGCAUGCGACAAGAGGACAGGAGAGUGCAGGAAGUGUCUCUACAGCACGGAGGGAUCGGCCUGCGCCAUCUGCACAAGCGGAUAUUUUGGGGAUGCUUCGCGACGCAACUGCAGGAAGUGCACGUGUAACUUCCUGGGCACUGAGCGCAGUCAGUGUGUGGAGCGCACAGACUGUGUGUGUCAGCGCGCCACAGGCCAGUGUCAGUGUCUGCCCGACGUCGUGGGUCUGACGUGUGACCACUGCGCCCCCAACUAUUGGAACCUGGCCAGCGGGAAAGGCUGCGAGUCGUGCGGCUGCGACCCCAACAACUCUGUCACCUCCUCGUGUAACGAGUUCACCGGUCAGUGUCAGUGUCGUGACGGCUUCGGAGGGAAGACGUGUACAGACUGUCAGGAGAACUACUGGGGAGACCCCAGGACCCAGUGCAGAGCGUGUGACUGUGACUGGCGUGGCAUCGAGACGUCUCAGUGCAACCGCAUGACCGGCCACUGCGUCUGCCAGCAGGGGGUGUCGGGCGUGCGCUGCGAUCAGUGCGCCAGAGGCUUCUCAGGCCAGUUCCCGCACUGUGAGCCCUGCCACAAGUGCUUCGGGGACUGGGAUCGCAUCGUGCAGGACCUGGCGGUGCGUACCAAGGCUCUGGCGGACCGUGCCCAUGAGAUUCAGACCACUGGGCUCACGGGGGCCUACGAGAAGGCCUUCAGAGACCUGGAAGACAAACUGGCAAAGGCUCAGGGGAUCGUCAACGCACGCAACGCCACCGCUGCAGCCGUCACCACCCUCAUGGAGCUUAUUGAAGAUCUGAGAUCACAGAUCAGUGAAACCACCGACACUCUGAACCGUCUGGAAGGAGAUUUAACCAACGUACAGGACAGCAACUCUGAGGUGAGCAAGGAGCUGAGUUCUCUGGAGAGAGAAGCCAAAGAACUCAACCUCACUUCAGAGCAGCUCCACCAUCAACUGGAUAUCCUGAAAAACUCCAACUUCUUAGGUGCGUACGACAGCAUCCGCAGCUCCUACAACAAGUCCCGGGACGCCGAGCGACGUGCCAACGUGUCGACAACCACCCGGCCCAGCACCAUCAGUCAGUCUGCAGACACACGCCGCCGCACCGAGCGCCUCAUCACCGCCAAGAAGGACGACUUCAACCGGAAAAAUGCAGCCAACAAGCGCUCGCUGGGAGACCUGAGCACCAGAGUACAGGGCCUGAACCUGAAGAAGAUCAACGAGAAGGUGUGUGGCGCCCCGGGAGAUGCUCCCUGUGCGGAAAGCCCGUGUGGAGGUGCUGGUUGCCGUGACGACGAGGGAAACCGUCACUGCGGAGGCCUGAACUGUAACGGUGCUGUGGCGGUCGCUGACAGCGCUCAGGAGAAAGCCAAAUUCGUGGAGAAGGAGCUGAACAAAGUGAUGGGAGAAGUGCAGGGACUCUUUCUCAAGGUGGCAGAGGCCAAGACUAAGGCAGAGGAGGCUAAAGGUAAAGCCCAAGCAGCGCUGGACAAAGCCACGUCCACCAAAAACAAAGUGGAGCGCUCCAACGACGACCUGAGAGACCUGAUCAAACAGAUCAAAGACUUCCUCACUCAGGAGGGAGCAGACCCGGACAGCAUCGAGGCGGUGGCCAACCAGGUUCUGGAACUCUCCAUCCCCGCUUCGCCGCUCCAGAUCAGACACCUGGCCGACGAAAUCAAGGACCGCGUCCGCAGCCUGUCCAACGUGGACGCCAUCCUGGCGAAGACGCAGGACGACGUCCGCAAGGCGGAGCAACUGCUGCUGGAUGCCAAGAGAGCGAGACAUCGCGCUGAGGGAGUAAAGACCACAGCAGAGACGGUGAAACAGGCCUUGGUGGACGCUAAGACUGCGCAGACGUCGGCAGAGAAAGCCAUCGCGAGAGCCAAAGUUGAUAUUGACCUGACUGAGACCCGACUGGCACAGAUUGAGUCAGAGACGUCCAACAGUGAGAAGAACCUGGACGAUGCCAUGAGGCGUCUGGGCUCCCUGGGACAGGACAUCAACACUUUGAAGACCAAACGUGCCAACAACAGCAUGGCGGCGGCCCUCGCUGAAGAGACGGCCACCAUGGCACGAGACAGGGCCAACGAAGCCAAGCAGAUCCUGGACGGUCAGCUGACAGACAAAUACCACGAGGUGCAGCAGCGAGUGGACACCAAGGCCAAGGCCGUGCACGACGCCAAGAGAAGAGCCGAGAACCUCCGAGACGAAGCCAAGGAGCUGCUGAGAGACGCUCAGAGCAAACUGCACAGACUAGCAGACCUGGAAAAGAAGUACGAGGAGAACCAGCGGCAGCUGGAGGGUAAAGCUGGUCAGCUGGACGGUUUAGAGGACAAGAUGAAAGCCAUCCUCCAUGACAUCAACAAACAGAUCCAGAUCUACAACACGUGCCAGUAACUCACCACCGCUCCAUCGUUUACAGAGACGGGUCCAUCGUUGUGUCACUGCUGUCAAACUUCAGAUUUUAAAAUACUUACAUGAAAUACACAAAUGAAGACGUGCGUGAAUCAGUUAUUUUCCUGAUGAAGUCAACACGUCAUAAAAUAAUCAGUGAAAAUGUUCAUUUUGAGGAAUAAAUCGAAUUCUGAGAUUAAUAAUCAGAAUUCUGAGAUUAAUGGCAGAAUUCUCAGAUUAAAGUCAGAAUUCCUGAAUUAAAGUCAGAAUUUUUAGGAAUAAAGUCAGAAUUCUGGGAUUAAUGUCUGAAUAUUUGAGGAAUAAAUGUCUUAUUUUGUCCACAAACCAAAAGCAAAAUGAAGCAAAGAAAGCAGAAAAUAUUCACAUUCAAGAAGCUGAAAAAUCGAUUCAUCAUUUGAAGAAUCAAUCGCUGCAGCCCUAGAUUAAACAUCCAAAGUGUCUGAUGUCACAUAUGCUAUUUGAAUUAAAUAUGCACACAUUACUUUGGCCUUUUAAUUUAAAAAAAAGAAUCUGUAAAUGUGUUUUGAGAAAGAAAAAGAGGAAAAUUAUAUUUUUAGAAAAGUCUCUCAGAGAUUUUAGGUGAAAACGAUGUUUUGCAAACGAGCUGCAGUUGAAUAAAUAUUUAUCACAUGUUUUGUUUUUUAUUUAGAGGGACAGUUGCAUAUUUAGCGGGUCGUCGUUUUCUACUGGACGUAUAUUCUGAGCUGUGCUCAUCACACGUGGACUUCAGUGUCUUCUUCUCACAACAGGAGUCAGAAUGAAGUUUAUUUUAAGUGAAGAAAUAGAAAAGGUUUUUUACAUAAUUUAGUGCAGAGACAGUGUUGUCGUUAAAGGGGAACGUUUUUGCUCCGGCUUCAGAGCUGGGAGCAUUCAGAACUGUUUACUCACGAGUCUACAAUCAAAGUUCAUUCCUUUCCUCAACAACUCGUGUCUCCAGUUGUGGAAAGCAGCGCCAAUGUUGCUUCAUGUUCGGCUUCUGUGUAUGUAUGGCAUUAGUUUUGUCGGAGAGUGCACAAUCCUUACGUCUCUUAUCCAAACAACGUCAAAGUCGGAACUGCACACAUCAUUUUGAGGAGUAAAGUCCGAAUUCUGAGAUUAAAUUCAGAAUUCUGAGAUUAAUGUCAGAAGUUUUGAGGAAUAAAGUUAGAAUUAUGUGAAUAAUGUUCAAAGUUUGAGGAAUAAAGUCAGAAUUCUGAGAUUAAUGUCUGAAUUUUGAGGUAUAAAGUGAGAUUAAUGUCCACAUUUUGAGGAAUAAAGUAAAUAUUGUUAGAUUAAUGUCCACAUUUUGGGGAAUUAAGUCAGAAUUUUGAGGAGUAAAGUCAGAAUUCUGAAAUGAAUGUCCUAAAUUUGAGGCAUAAAGUCAGAAUUCUGAGAUUAAGUGCCCUUAGUGAGUCACCUGCCAAAAUUUGAACCAUUGCACAGUUUUGUGAUGAACAGUCAGAUAAUCUGAAUAUCUGUUGGUGCUGCACUGAGUGAGAGCGGGCAGAAGCUUCUCAUUUAACAUUUCUUUCUUCUUCUUACUUGUGCAGUGCUGCCCUCUACAGAUCAGUAAUGUUUCACUGCUGCCUUUCCUAUGUCCAAAGUCAUCCUAUGACUCUUCUUGCCUUUGACAGGCAAGUGUCAGCGCGAUGACGCACAUGUUUGUUUGUUCUUACUACUGUGAUGGGAUUUUUACAUAUUAUAAUCACUUUGUUGCCUCGUGAAGAUGAAGAUAAAACGGUGCGUUGAUGCUGUGCCGGUAUAUUUGUGUACUGUUUGCAUGACGGUGUGUGUUUUACAAAACAAGCUUUAAUUAUAAAAAACUGAAGUGUACACAAACAGCAUCUCUGUGUCAGCCACAUUGUAUUCAUGAAUAACUGCCAAAAACAUGUGAGACGUGUGUAAAGUUUUGUCAAUAAAGCUGAAGAAAUUUU